CAAAUUUUGAAGUUAGAAACAAAAGUUCAAACGAGACGGAGACUUAAGUUAAAAGUGUACUGAACUAACUCACUCCCCUAAAUUCAGAGCGUAAGGGAGGGAAACGAAUAGGUAAUCAAAAUCACUUUUCGAUUUGUUUCGUUAUCAACAGCUUCCACGAGAAAAAAGAAACGAUGGAGUCAGAAAGCGACGAGACCAGAAUCAAAACCAGCAAUCAACAACGUCGCGUUGGUUUACUCUACGACGAGAGGAUGUGUAAGCACUACGAUCCAGACGACGAUCGCCAUCCCGAAACUCCCAAUCGCAUUAGGGCUAUUUGGGACAAGCUCCAAACCACUGGCAUUACUGAUCGAUGUCUACUUUUGGACGCUAAAGAAGCUGACGACAAACAUUUACUAGCGGUCCAUACUAAAAAUCAUGUUAAUUUGAUUAAGAAUAUAAGCUAUAAGAGUUAUAAUUCAAGGUCUAAUGCUGCUGCCAAACUUAAUUCUAUAUAUUUCAACGAAGGUUCAACAAAAUCUGCCUAUCUUGCUGCUGGCAGUGCUAUAGAGGCGGUUAAAAGAGUGGCUAGCAAGGAAUUACAAUCUGCUGUUGCUAUUGUUAGGCCUCCAGGUCAUCAUUGCGAGCAACAUAAAGCUAUGGGAUUUUGUCUGUUCAACAACGUGGCAGUUGCUGCAUCGUAUCUCUUAAAUGAUAGUCCAGAACUUGGUGUAAAGAAAAUUUUAAUUGUUGACUGGGACGUUCAUCAUGGAAACGGUACUCAAAAAGUGUUUUGGAAUGAUUCUCGAGUGUUAUUCUUCUCCGUUCACAGGCAUGAAUUUGGGAGAUUUUAUCCAUGUGGUGAUGAUGGCUUUUAUAACAUGACUGGAGAAGGAGAUGGUGCUGGAUACAAUAUAAACGUGCCAUGGGAGAAUGGGAGAUGUGGUGAUACAGACUAUUUUGCAGCGUGGGACCACAUCUUGCUCCCUGUUGCCAAAGAAUUUAAUCCAGACAUAAUUAUAGUUUCUGCUGGAUUUGAUGCUGCUGUUGGAGACCCUUUGGGUGGAUGUUGCAUCACACCAUUUGGUUAUUCCCUUCUGUUGAAAAAGUUGAUGAAUUUUGCUGAAGGUAGGAUUGUACUGGUUUUAGAAGGUGGCUAUAAUCUUGACUCAAUUGCAAAAUCAAUGCAUGCUUGUGUGGAAGUUUUGCUUGAAGACAAGCCUCUUAUGGGGUCUUCAGAGGCCUUUCCAUUUGAGUCUACAUGGCGUGUGAUCCAAGCGGUCCGCGAGGAGUUAAGUCCCUUUUGGCCUACACUUGCUUGUGAAUUACCACAAAAUAUAAUUUGUCCAGUGGCACCACCUCCGCAUACUCUUUUAUCAAGCUCCGACUCUGAGACUGAGGAUGACAAAGCUCCACCGAAAUUAGAAAAUGUUGCAGAGCUGCUUGAGGAUGUCAUCAAACCACUUUCCAACCUCAAAGUUGAUGCAGAUGAAGAUCCUGAUGCUUCGUGUUCCUGGCGAUCCAAAUUGUCAAAUGUUUACGUAUGGUAUGCUUCUUAUGGCUCAAAUAUGUGGAGACCAAGAUUUGAUUGCUACAUAGCUGGUGGACAGGUGGAAGGUAUGCAGAAGUUGUGCUCUGGUUCAAUGAAUAAAACUCUUCCAGAUGAGAUCUUUUGGAAGACUUUCCCUUGUCAUAUAUUUUACGGUCGUGAAUCCUCACAUUCAUGGGGUCCUGGAGGUGUUGCGUUUCUUAAUCCUGAGAAAAAUUCUCAGCACAAGACCUACAUGUGCAUGUACAAAAUUUCGCUAGAGCAGUUCAAUGAUGUUUUAUUUUUGGAAAAUGGUCUAAGCCUUGAUGUAGACUCUGCUUUAUUUGAUAUGGCUACUUUGAAUGCCAUCUCCAACAAGGAGUUCGGUUCGCAGGAGGUUCUCAAAAAUGGUUGGUAUGGUAAUGCUGUCUACUUAGGAAAGGAGCAAGACAUUCCCAUAAUUACUAUGACGUGUCCGCUUCUUGACAUUGAGCUCUUCAAAUCUGGGGAGCUACCAUUGUGUGCGCCUAAUAAAUCGUACGCCAAUACCUUGAUAAGAGGGUUGGUAGAGGGAGAACAGCUAUCAGAGGCUGAAGCCAUUGCUUACAUAGACGCUGCUGCUAAAUCGUUAUGAUUUGCAUAGGCUUUCUUUUUAAACAGUUCACUGGUUCAUAUUUUGUGUAGAUAACCAGACCUUAUUUUAGUCCUUCGACGCUCUACAUAUUUUGCAUAGUUUCGUAAAUACAUCGUGUGUGGGUGCUUUUAUUUGCUACGAAGUUGAUGCCGCAUGCAUGCAUGCAUGCUUAUUGUGUAAAUGUUGACAAUUGGUCGGUGACUGGAAUAUUGAAUUUGAAGACUGGAUAAUUGUCUAAAUUAUUGAAUUGCUACUACAUUUAUCACCAA